AUGGCUACUGAAUCGAAUCUCGUCCUCUAUACCGAUGCUACUCCUAACGGCAUCAAAAUCACCAUUGCCCUGGAAGAGCUCGGCAUUCCUUACACGGUCAAGCAUCUCGACAUUUCGACGAAUGCUCAGAAGGAGCAAUGGUUUUUGGACAUCAACCCUAACGGCAGGAUUCCCGCCUUAACCGACAAAUUGGAGGAUGGCACACCCAUAAACCUCUUCGAGGGCGGUAGUAUCCUGCAGUAUCUCGCUGAGCGGUAUGACAAAGACCACAAGAUCAGCUAUCCGAGAGGCAGCAAGGAAUACUUCGAGACCGCAAACUGGGUGUAUUGGCAACACGGAGGCCUGGGACCCAUGCAAGGUCAGGCGAAUCACUUCUUCCGAUAUGCGCCAGAAAAGAUCAAGUAUGGCAUCGACCGGUACAUCAACGAGUCUCGCCGGUUGUAUCGUUGCCUGGACACGCAGCUCGGCAAGAGCAAGUCUGGCUUCAUCGUUGGCGAUCAUAUCUCGCUGGCUGACUUUGCCUGUUACGGUUGGGUAUACUGGGCUGGUUGGGCUGGUGUCGAUAUCGAGGAGUUCCCGAACGUCAAGGCCUGGGAGGCGAUGAUGACAGCUCGUCCUGCAAUCAACAAGGGCAAGGAUAUUCCGAAAACGCUGAAUGUCAAGGAAAAGAUGAAAGAUCCAAAGUUUGCCGAAGAGUAUGCGAAGAAGGCGAGUGGGUGGAUCAUGAAGGGGAUGGGUGAUGAUCAAAAAUGA